UUUAUCCAUUUUUGUUGUGGAAUUUUAUGCGAUUUUAUCUUGUACUCGCGAUCCUUGUUGUUGUGUAUAAUUUUGUGUUUGUUUUCAUAAUUUUAAUUGUGUGCUUUGGGUUGCCCUAAUUUGUGAAGCAUCAAUUGCAUUUGGACAGUUAUAGUGUAAUUAUAGUGUUGAGUUAGUGAUACCAAGAGAUCUGUUUCAAUUGACCGGCGCGGCCACCUCAUCUGUCAUUGCACGUAAUGUCAUAAAAGUUUGUAUUAGGCAAAAAUUUCUCUUUCUGCACAACAAAUUGCCAUAGCGAGAGCCAUGAAAUCGCUGGUGCUUUUUGCAAUUAUUUUCGGAACGGGCUGCAGUUUAACUGCAGCCAUUAUGUUUAAUUUGGAACCGAACACCCAAAAAUGUUUACGUGAUGAAAUGCAAGCACACCAGCUCGUAUUGGGCGAAUAUGAAAUCAGUGAUGCACCCGGACAAAAAAUAGAUUAUGUGAUUAGAGACUCCAAAGGACAUAUCCUAUCGCAAAAGGAAAGCAUUGGCAAAGGAAAAUUCAGUUUCACUUCAGAGUUCUUUGAGAACUUUGAAAUUUGUUUCAUAUCGCGAGUGCCACAACAUCAACGAGGAGUUGUACAAGAAGUGUCUUUAUCGACGAAAAAAGGAAUCGACACCAAAAGUUAUGAAGGAAUUGGCGAAGCAGCUAAACUCAAACCACUUGAAGUCGAUUUGAAACGUCUGGAAGAUCUGUCGGAUUCAAUUGUCCAAGACUUUGUGCAUAUGCGUAAGCAAGAAGAGGAAAUGCGCGACACAAAUGAAUCGACCAACAAUCGUGUGCUGUUCUUCAGUAUCUUCAGUAUGUGCUGUCUGUUGGGAUUAGCCACAUGGCAAGUGCUGUAUCUUCGACGGUUCUUCAAGGCGAAGAAACUAAUCGAGUAAAGUUUUGUGUUCACAAAGAAUGCUCAAGCAUUGUUUAUGUUGGCCGUAGAUAUCAUUAUGUAUGCGGAUGGCGGGUGGAAUGAAAUAAAAGCGAAAAACAUUUCAAUUUU